AUGGCUGCCGCGAUGAAGGCACAGAAAACGGGACUGUUGGAACUUCGAGUUACCGUGGACCGUUGGAUCCGUGUUUUAGCCACACUUAGCGAGGAGACUUUAACCGUGAGCCCCGGAGAGGUCGCCGAAGACACAGUUAAAACCAACCCAACUCCCGCCGGUGCCAUUAACGGAGACCCAGCCAACCUCAGCUCCUCUCCGGUCCCAGAAACAAUCACCAACGUUAAGCGCACGGUGCGAGUUACCAAGCAAGAUGUGGGAGGACUUGGAAUUAGUAUUAAAGGUAAGUUCAAUGUAGUGCGUAAUCAAACGACACUCUCUUAAACAUUUAUUUGGUCCGUUUUUCAAGUUUAACAAUGUAAGCUACCCGAAACUUGCGUUGGACUACUCUACUAAAAGAAAACGCUGAAAGUACCAACAUGCCUCAUCGAAGACUUAAAUUCUUCGAAGGUCAGUAAUUGGGUUGAAGUUUAUUCAUGGGCCUUUUCUCAAUUGGAUUUAUCAACUCCUGCGCCCUCCUUCUUCAGUCCUCUCUCGCCUCCUUUUGAAAAAGGUCAAAGGUAAUCGAGGAAAGGUGGCGAGAGAAGAGUGAACAUGGACGAAAAUGCGCUUGUAUGAAAUGAGCCUCUCCUACUUGGUUGUCAUCAGGCAAAUUACGUUUACAUGGGUGGAAUCCCAAAAUAAAUGUGUAAAGUCAUUUAAAAAAAAGUUUGUUGUGCAAGACAUUUUAUAGAUAAAAUGAUAAGUAGCAUAUUGUUUUUAAACGUGUACAUGCUUUCUCCUCCCACAAACAAAAGCUGAUUCAAAUGGGGUGUGGUAGAUUUAAAAACUUUUCCAGGAAGGACUUAGGUAGGAUACACAUGACUAUCCUAGAUCAAAGGUGUCUAUCGAGGAGGGGAGGACACUUCCAUUAGCUUAAUAAUUGAGAAAAGGCCAAACUGUAGUGCACUAGACUAGGCUGUUUGUGAUAGCCUAAGUUUUUCAAAAGUGGAACCUUUUGAAAAAACAUAUCUCUAACUAUUCUCACCAGUAAAGCUAUUGGAAGCUAUUCCAGUAAACCGUGCAACCAACUCUAUUUCUCUUAAUGUUAUUUUGAGGACCUGAUUCUCUCCCUAAACAUGUUAUAUGAUAGGGUGAAUAUAGCCUUCCAAGAAAGUUUGUCAGGAUGCAUGGUAACUUCUAGAGAAAGGUAGCCUAUUUGCCAUGCUGCUGUACAAUUACAUUUUAGUCAUUUAGCAGACGCUCUUAUCCAGAGGGACUUACAGUUAGUGAGUGCAUACAUUAUUUUAAUUUUAUUUUUCAUACUGGCCCCCCGUGGGAAUCGAACCCACAACCCUGGCAUUACAAACGCCAUGCUCUACCAACUGAGCUACAUCCCUGCCGGCCAUUCUCUCCUCUACACUGGGCCAAUUGUGCGCCGCCCCAUAGGUCUCCCGGUCGCGGCCAGCUACGACAGAGCCUGGAUUUGAACCAGGAUCUCUAGUGGCACAGCUAGCACUGUGAUGCAGUGCCUUAGACCACUGCGCCACUCGGGAAAUAAUGGCAUAUAGUAAACUCUUCAUAUAUAAAUAAGUGCUGAUGUUAUACAAGCACCACUGUGAAAUAGUUACAUGAUGUCAUGGGAGUGAAAUGUUGUCUAAUGUAGUCCCAUUGGAAUAAGGAGCCUGAUAUCCAUACAAAAAGCUGACAUUUAAGAUGAUAUGGCACUGCUGCUACAUCAAAUAAGUAAGGUCUGCAUGUCUAAUUUAAUUCAGACAUCUAUUUAUUAGGCUACCUGCUUUUCUUUUAAAUAUUGUGUUCACAAGUUAUUACCAACAUCAAAAUGUCUCCAUAUACACUGAGUGUAUAUGGAGCUCUUUCAACGACAGGUGAAAGCUAUGAUCCCUUAUUGAUGUCACCUGUUAAAUCCACUUCAAUCAGUGUAGAUGAAGGGGAGGAGACAGGUUAAAGAAGGAUGUUUAAGCCUUGAGACAAUUGAGAUGUGGAUUGUGUAUGUGUGCCAUGCAGAGGGUGAACGGGCAAGACAAAAUAUUUAAGUGACUUUGAACAGGGUAUGGUAGUAGGUGCCAGGCGCACCGGUUUGAGUGUGUCAAGAACUGCAAUGGUGCUGGGUUUUUCACGCUCAACAGUUUCCAGUGUGUAUCAACAAUGGUCCACCACCCAAAGGACAUCCAGCCAACUUGACACAACUGUGGGAAGCAUUGGAGUCAACAUGGGCCAGCAUCCCUGUGGAAUGCUUUCGACACCUUGUAGAGUCCAUGCCCCGGCUGAAUUGAGGCUGUUCUGAGGGCAAAAGGAGGUGCAACUCAAUAUUAGGAAGGUGUUCCUAAUGUUUUGUACACUCAGUGUAUUCCAUGGUCUUUUUGGAGUAUUCCACAAUCAAAGUUAUGUCUCAAACUUGUGAUUAGGAAACAAAUCCUCUUACUGCUUAUUACAUGAUCGGAUGGAAAAGCAAGUCAACAAAAACCCUUUGAGACACACCCUUUAAAUCUAAUGUAGCCUAAUAACUAUCUAUUGUACACCAAUUUAGUAUGCACAUGCAAUCAGAUAAGGGGAUGGAACAUGCUUGUAGGAAAAGCAAGACUUUUGAGGUCUCAAGCUGAAAAUACAGUAUUUCUAAGAAUACAUUCCUACUCCUGUUUGAGCUUAAGAAGGUGUGUGUGUGUGUGUGUGUGUGUGUGUGUAUGUGUGGGUGUGUGUGUGUGUGUGUGUGUGAAGAGCAGUAGCGGUGCUGGGUAAAAUCACUGGGGAAGCCAAGCCAGAAAAAAAUGAGAUAUUACAACCUAUGUGUUGUGAUAAUUGCGUUGUGUGCUCUAUAACCUGUUAGUUCAUAUGUGAUAUAUAGGCCUGAGGCCGAGACAAAAGAAAACACAGUGGCAGAAUAAAUUCAACCACACCUUUGUUUCAUCACCAAACCAGAGCGCAACCUCUGUCCGGUGAAGUCCACAAAGCAUUUUGCAUGUAACAAACAGUUACAUGACCUACAGCAUGGUCAAGCAAGUUAAUGUUUCCAACAUUUUCAGACUAAUAAUGUUGUGUCGAGAAAACGUUGCUAAUUAUGCUGUGAGACCAAGGAGAACUGCUGACGCUGUAUUUUCAUCAUAAAGGUUUAUUCAUAACAAAGGGUUACAGCGUCGAUUUACAGAUACCUGCAGAUACCUGGAGAACAAUCGCCCCAUCUCAAAUAUGAUUAUUCUGUCUUCCUUUGUCUUAACUGUGGUAUAUAUCCUAUGUAAUCUGAUAUGGGUGGUUCUUCCUACCAACCAAUCCCCUGUCUCCACACAACAGACUUCCUCUGUUCUAUGGGGUGUCCCCCUAAAACUACUCCCCAGAUGCUCCCUCUAAGCUGAAUAAACCUCCUCUCAGGUUCCAUUUGAAAAUGUUAGCAAAAUCAUAAUUCCUCAGAUACUACAAUAAACAACUAAUGAUUUAGAACCAUGGAGAGUUAAGUAAGUAAAACCCUAUCUCCAUCCAUGGCUAAUUUAGGAAAGGACCAGUUUUAGCUAGCUAGCCUCCGGAGGACAACAACACAACGAGAUGCAACAAUUCAAGUUGUUUCUGUCAAUGACAAUGCAAAACGCUUCACCGUUUGGCAGGAACGGUGGGGCUGGUGUUGUAUUCGUUUCAGCCCCCUCCUACAAAAUGAGUCCCCCUAAUGACAUAAACAUGACGUUCACCUCAGUGUUUUUUUGCGGCUUUUAAAAUCAAUUGGCACUGUUUAAAUAAGUAAAACCGACCACCAAACGGUGACUCCCCACUGUCACAACAGAGUGGCGCUGCCACGUCAAGCCGAGAGAGAGCGAGCGAGAGGCAGGAGACGGCCAGCUGACACCACAAUGCGAACAGCUGACAAGAAGCUCCCAGAAUGCAGUUGUCAUUGGCCUUAGAUGAAAGCAAUUUGAUGGGAGUGGAGCAGUCUGUCUGGGAUGUUUAUUUUCGAGAGGCCACCCUGGUUUGGUGGAGGGAGGCAUAGAGUCGAACUUGCGUUUGGUCCAAAGUGCCAAAGUACACUCUCGGCGGCUCUCGAACACCUACAUUUAAGGACGGAUAGGCUUGAGGCCUAAAGUUUGUCUUGACACCAUAUACUGUACAGUGGGUAGAAGUAGACCGGUGUGUAGAAAUUAGUGCACAACUCAGAUGUUCAGCUCAUGCAACAAAUCCUAUGUUAAAUAGUUAGUUAGCUUGAAUAAGCAUUGGUUGUAUCCCUCAGGGGUAACAAAGCCUGGUCACAUAGACUAGACGUAACAUAGUAAAUAUAAAUCCGAGACCCUCAAAUUAGUAUUAUAUGUUACGUUUGGUAUGGUUAAGACAGAUGGUUUGCCUUAAGCAAAAACGAAAGUAGGGUGGUUGGUUGGGGUGGAUGGGUAGGCGUAUAACGCGAAUGUCGAAUCUCAUCACGGACAAUUUUAGCAAUUUAGCUAAUUAGCAACUUUUCAACUACUUAGAACUUUUUAGCUACACUGAACAAAAAUAUAAACGCAACAUGUAAAGUGUUGGUCCCAUGUUUCAUGAGCUGAAAUAAAAGAUCCCAGAAAUGUUCCAUACGCACAAAAAGCUUAUUUCUCUUUUGUGCACAAAUUUGUUUUCAUCCCUGUUAGUGAGCAUUUCUUCUUUGUCAAGAUAUUCCAUCCACCUGACAGGUGUGGCAUAGCAAUAAGCUGAUUAAACAGCAUGAUCAUUACACAGGUGCAUCUUGUGCUGGGGACAGUAAAAGGCCACUCUAAAACGAGGGCACUACGUUCAUCCACCUCUGGCCUGCUAGCUCCCCUACCUCUACAGAAGCACAGUUCCCGCUCAGCCCAGUCAAAGCUAUUUGCUGCUCUGGCACCCCAAUGGUGGAACAAGCUCCCCCACGACGCCAGGACAGCGGAUUCACUGACCACCUUCCGGAGACACUUGAAACCCUACCACUUUAAAUAAUACCUGGAAUAGUAUAAAGUCAUCCUUCUACCCCCCCCCCCCCCCCCAUAAAAUAAAUAAGAUAAAAAGUUGUUGUCCCACUUGCUAUCAUAAGUUGAAUGCACCAAUUUGUAAGUCGCUCUGGAUAAGAGCGUCUGCUAAAUGAUGUAAAUGUAAAUGUAAAUGUAAAUGUAAAAUGUGCCGUUUUGUCACACAGAUGUCUCAAGUUUUGAGGGAACGUGCAAUUGGCAUGCUGACUGCAGAAAUGUCCACCAGAUCUGUUGCCAGCUAAUUGAAUGUUCAUUUCUCUACCAUAAGCCUCCUCCAAUGUCGUUUUUGAGAUUUUGGCAGUACAUCGAACCGGCCUCACAACCGCAGACCACGUGUAACCACGCCAGCCCAGGACCUCCACAUCCAGCUUCUUCACCUGCGGGAUCAUCUGAGACCAGUCACCCGGACAGCUGAUGAAACUGUGGGUUUGUACAACCAAAGAAUUUCUGCACAAACUGUCAGAAACCGACUCAGGGAAGCUGAUCUCUGUGCUCGUCGUCCUCAGCAGGGUCUUGACCUGACUGCAGUUCGGCAUUGUAACUAACUUUAGUGGGCAAAUGCUCACCUUGGAUGGCCACUGGCACGCUGGAGAAGUGUGCUCUUCACAGAUGAGUACCGGUUUCAACUGUACAGGGCAGAUGGCAUACGUAUGGCGUCGUGUGGGCGAGCGGUUUGCUGAUGUCAACGUUGUGAACAGAGUGCUCCAUGAUGGCGGUGGGGUUAUGGUAUGGGCAGGUAUAAGCUACAGACAAUGAACAAUUGCAAUUUGAAUGCACAGGAAUACCGUGACGAGAUCCUGAGGCCCAUUGUUGUGCCAUUCAUCCGUCGCCAUCACCUCAUGUUCCAGCAUGAUAAUGCACAGCCUCAUGUCGCAAAGAUCUGUACACAAUUCCUGAAAGCUGAAAAUGUCCCAGUUCUUCCAUGGCCUGCUUACUCACCAGACAUGUCACCCAUUGAGCAUGUUUAGGAUGCUCUGGAUCGACGUGUACGACAGCGUGUUCCAGUUCCCGCCAAUAUCCAGCAACUUUGGACAGCCAUUGAAGAGGAGUGGGACAACAUUCCACAGGCCACAAUCAAUCAAUCAAUCAAUCAAUUUUAUUUUAUAUAGCCCUUCUUACAUCAGCUAAUAUCUCGAAGUGCUGUACAGAAACCCAGCCUAAAACCCCAAACAGCUAGUAAUGCAGGUGUAGAAGCACGGUGGCUAGGAAAAACUCCCUAGAAAGGCGAAAACCUAGGAAGAAACCUAGAGAGGAACCAGGCUAUGAGGGGUGGCCAGUCCUCUUCUGGCUGUGCCGGGUGGAGAUUAUAACAGAACCAUGCCAAGAUGUUCAAAAAUGUUCAUAAGUGACAAGCAUGGUCAAAUAAUAAUCAGGAAUAAAUCUCAGUUGGCUUUUCAUAGCCGAUCAUUAAGAGUUUGAAAACAGCAGGUCUGGGACAGGUAGGGGUUCCAUAACCGCAGGCAGAACAGUUUAAACUGGAAUAGCAGCAAGGCCAGGCGGACUGGGGACAGCAAGGAGUCACCACGGCCGGUAGUCCCGACGUAUGGUCCUAGGGCUCAGGUCUCUCAGUUGGCUUUUCAUAGCCGAUCAUUAAGAGUUGAAAACAGCAGGUCUGGGACAGGUAGGGGUUUCGUAGCCGCAGGCAGAACAGUUGAAACUGGAAUAGCAGCAAGGCCAGGCGGACUGGGGACAGCAAGGUGUCAUCAUGCCCGGUAGCCUGAUCAACUCUAUGCGAAGGAGAUGUGUCGCGCUGCAUGAGGCAAAUGGUGGUCACACCAGAUACUGACUGGUUUUGUGAUCCACGCCCCUACCUUUCUUUUUUAAGGUAUCUGUGAUCAACAGAUGCAUAUCGGUAUUCCCAGUCUUGUGAAAUCCAUAGGUUAGGGCCUAAUGAAUUUAUUUCAAUUGACUGAUUUCCUUAUAUGAACUGUAAUGCAGUAAGAUCUUUGAAAUUGUUGCAUGUUGCGAUUAUGUUUUUGUUCAUUUUACUUUGCAACUACUUAUGUUGUUAGCUAACUCUUCCCCUAACCCUAACCUUAACUCUUUAACCAAGCUCCUAAACUUAACCCUAACCUUAACCCUAACCCCUAGUCUAGCUAACUUUAGCCAGCUAGCUAACAUUAGCCAGCUAGCUAACAUUAGCCACCUAGCUAGAAUUUGUAACAUAUCAUUGUACGUUCUUUGCAAAAUGUAACUUAUUGUGUGUUUUGUUAAUUCGUAACAUAUAAUUUGAAUUGUAAUUCAUAUAAUAUCAUGCGAAAUGUGUGAUGGACAUCCACAAAUUAAUACAUACCAUACGAAAUGUAACAUAUCAUACUAAAAGGAACAGCUCGGAUUUACGUACAGAAUAAUAUGAAAUGAUUUGAGACCAGGUUGCCUUUUCAUACAUUGUAAAUCUUCCUAGAGAUUCUAGUCAGAAUCAAUAAAGUGUGUUGUGUUCCUCAUUCAAUUGUAAGUAAAACCGCCAUUUCACACUGUGGGGACAAAAGUGUGAUGUCAUGAAACCUUGUUUGACAGUUGUGACAUGUUAAGGCUAGGUGGCCAGAAUGGUGGCUACAGGUAUUGUUCCCCAUGUCACUCUCUGUAGGUGGUCCUCUUAUCUCUUUCAAGGUCGUAGUUUGCCCAGAUACAGGGAGAAGACACUGCAGCUGAAUUGCCAAUAUUAGGGGAAAUGCUGACGAGCACUGUUCUUGUGGUUUAUACUGUACUAUGCGGAUGAUAAAGUACUGUAUGUUAGCAUGUCAGUCCAGGGGUUUUGGCUGCCGUCCCAGGUAGUCAUUUGAUGGGAGAAAGCGUGCUGACUAGGUCCUGGAGUGAUUACUGGCGUUCAAUAUCCUGUUUUUGCACUGUCCUAGGGGCGGGGGUAAGAGGUCUGGAGUGUUUAGUGUAAUGCAAUGAAAAUAAGCUUACGUGAUAAUAGGCUUCAGUUUCUCUGCUGCAAAUAGUGAAUGGUUGACUGAAAAAGCUUAGGAUACUAUUUGAAGCUUUGCAGUGUGGGCUAUUGGACCUUUGAGACCAGUAUACGGUUAAGAGGUGGCUCAAGUCCGUGCAUAAAAAAAUCCUACCUUGUCACAACACAACUGAUUGUACGUUAAGAAGGAAAGAAAUUCCACAAAUUAACUUUUAAGAAGGCACACCUGUUAAUUGAAAUGCAUUCCAGGUGUCUACCUCAUGAAACUGGUUGAGAGAAUGCCAUGAGUGUGCAAAGCUGUCAUCAAGGCAAAGGUUGGCUACUUUGAAGAGUCUAAAAUAUAAAAUAUAUUUUGAUUUGUUUAACACUUUUUUGGUUACUAUAUAUGUGUUAUUUUAUAGUUGAUGUCUUCACUAUUAUUCUACGAUGUAGAAAAUAGUCAAAAUAAAGAAAAUCCCUGGAAUGAAUAUGUGUGUCCAAACCUUUGACUGGUACUGUAUAUAUACUGUAUAUAUUUACAAAAAAAUAUGUAUGGGGGAUUGGAAAUGAUGCAGACAAAAAAAUAAUAGAGAUGUGAUUUCUUUGUUUCGAAUUUCACAUAUUCAAGUUGAUUGGCUAGAAUGUAGUCUAUGAAAUAUCGCCCAAUAUUGCAUAUUGUCUAUGAUUUGUUCAUGAUCUAAUCUACAAGUCUAUUUGGAGUUUUUUCCUUGGUGAUUUCGAUUUGGUGAUAUUACAGUCUGGGAUUACAUUAUGUGGUAGUUCUAUUUUUAUUGAAUCACUGAGGAUAUCAUUUCUGCCCUCGCCUUAUAUGCCUCCCACACAAUUCAUCAGGGGUCAGAAUCUCAAUUUGGUGGGCAUAAUUUCUGCACAUCAAUCACUGAACAAACAGCCAUCAAAUGUCACACUAGUGUGCACCGCUAGCCCCACUCAGAAAAGGCAUAGAUCAUAUUGACAGCGGAGGGAGUCGCAGUCUGCGCCGAUGCCACUGUGAUUGAGAUGCAUGGGUGUGGGUGUCAGCCCCGACAUCUUUUAUUGAGGGCACCUGGCUCUAGUCUCGGAAGACGAUGCAUUAAUUAAAUCUGUAGUAUCGCCCGUGGGAGCCAACCUGUGUAAUAUAUAUUCAAAAUUAAUUUGAUUUAAUCCUCUUUCGGAAAAUUUUUCAGCCACCCCAAGGCCAAGACCCAACUGGCACUUGACAUUAUUGACAAUAUUUCCCACGAAGGGGCCUCCAGCCUAUGAACAGACCUUCAUUAUCCUGUUAGAGAGAAGAGACUGCAGCCAGGCAGAGUGGAUAACUGGUGUCCUCGUAUUCUCUACAGCUGCAGUCUUAAUGUGAAACUUGUCCCUUGCUCAGCUUUUCAAAUUAAACCAUUGAGCACUGUCGCGAGUGAUGUAGUCUUAUGUACUUACUAUGAACUCUGUUCUGUCACUCAAUCUAGUCAGUCUCAAGAGUACCUACACCCAUGGAGCAAAACUUUCCUUGUGCAUUGCUACUUUCCUUUCUCUUAAACAACUUUCAACAAACUAUAGAAGAUUCCCAAGAAACCCCUCAAAUGUUAGUCACUAGUAUCAGAUCCACUGGGCAAAAACUGGUUGAAUCAACAUUGUUUCCACGUCAUUUCAACACAAAUAAUCAACGUGAAAAUCUGAUUGGAUUUGCAAAAAGAUUUAAGCUAAAUCCAAUGACAUGGUGACAUUUUUUGUUGAUUUCACGUUGAAUUCACGUUAGUUGACAACUCAACCAAAUGUAAAUGUGCCCAGUGGGGAGGGAUUUACUCUAAGCCCUAGGAUAAAGCGUAUGUAUUAUAAUCCUGUAGACUACAAUAUUUUAUAUUCAUACCCCAUCUCCUUUUAGAGAGGGGCACAAUCUAAGCCCUGUAACCAUCUGGUUUGUAGUUUGUACAUGAAGCGUACUGUGUCUCAUUGACAUGAACUGAGCGGAUGCCAUGUGCUCUACUUUACAGGUGGAAAAGAGAACAAAAUGCCCAUUCUCAUCUCGAAGAUCUUCAAAGGGUUGGCGGCUGACCAGACGGAGGCCCUGUACGUGGGUGACGCCAUCCUGUCGGUCAACGGCGCCGACCUCCGGGACGCCACACACGACGAGGCCGUGCAGGCCCUGAAGAAGACGGGCAAAGAGGUCAUCCUAGAGGGUAUGCGCCACCAGUACAUUAAGGCCUUGUCGGUGUUCCAGGAAAUGUUCUAG